AUGACGGAAGAAGGUGACAUACUUAAGGUAAGGGGCAAUAACAAUUGCAAGCAUCGUUUGUAUGAAAAUAAUCGAUUACAGUAUUUGAUAAGGCGAGGAGAAAUAUGAGAAUUGCAGUGGACCAUUAACUCUCAUCUCUGUUCUGAAUUCGAGAAAGUGAAAGGAAAUGAACUGAUUAAAAAACAGAAAGAUCUUUCUACAGCUGCAGUCGCAAUUUUGUCCCAAGGAAAUGUCAAAAAAAGCCUUUGGGAAGACUUCACGAAAUAUGUUCUUCCAAAAGCCAACUUUGUCCUCGACAACAUUGUUGAACUGAAAUUGCCCCCUGUAAAACCCAAUUGGGCAGAUUUAACUGACGCCGGACCAGGCGUAGGGGUAUCAAAUUUUGAGGUGAAAUUUCGGGACGCCGAAUUAGCGCGCGUACACAAAAGUGAUUAUCGUAUUCGUGUCCAUCGCUCUCGUGGAGACAGCGGGCAAAACGAAGCAGAAAGGACGAACUCUGCCAUUGGUGAUAGUGUGGUCGAU